AUGUCAAUCUCGGUUUUUCCAAAACGUUCCCUAGAAUCCAGAGCGGGUUUUCUGCUGGUCACGUUGGCCCGCCAUGCUGCCCAGAACCGGAAAGCCGCCGCGGUCCGGCGUGCCUGUCGGCUUCGACGCUGGCGGCGUACACAGACGGGGCUUUCCCGAUGCGAGACCUCCCCGCUCCCGCUUUUCGAGCCAAAAUGGCGAGGAAACAGCGCGGUCAGCGGUGCGGCAGCUCCCGAGUUUCCCCUCUCCGUCGCUUUAAGGAUUUCGAGUUGCAGACUCUCGCCUUCGCGGCAGUCUCCUCUGCCUUUUUCCUCAGAGACUUUCCUUCCCGGCAACGGAGGGGUUGACAGCUCCCCCGAGGCGUAUGCCUUUCGUGCCAGGGAGCAUCGGGAACGGAGCGCUGUUGAACGGUCGCCCGGGGCCGAUCGAGCGAAAGCAAGUGAUAAAGAACUGCACUCGAAAGAUUCCCGAAGAAGCAGAGACACGAAGCGCGAGAAACGAGAAAAACGCGAGAUUCCGGAUGACCUUCCGCCCUACUGGCUUGACGCCGUCGCGCUUCCACAGCAACUCUCGAAACUGCUGAAGGUGUUUCGGCACCAGCCGCGCGACCGGCCUCUCCCCUCGCGUCUUCUGUUCCCGCGCGUGCUUCCGUUGCUGGAUCUGUACAGACAGCUGAGUCGGCAGGCGCAGGUGUCCCUCGAGGACGAGCCAGCCGCGAUUCGCGGCGCGUCUUGGGCUCAUAUUGGACUCGAACGGAUGCCUCCAAAACUGGCUUCUUCCGAGUUUACUGAUUCUCUUCCCGUUCUUCCGUCUCAGUCUCUCACGGACGGAGAGGCGACGCGGAAAACGGCGUCUCGACGGCAACAGGAGGAAGCUGCAGAGACGCCGGCUUCAGUCGCAAAAGCAGAAGUUGAGAAAGGUGCCCUCCCUCUGCCUCCAGGGGAGGACAGGGCGAGACAGGGACCGGCGAGUGGCGGGAGAGAGGCAGAGAACGAUAAGAUGAGGACAGAACGAGCAACGCAAGACACGAGUGAUGAUGUGACGAGAACAGAGGAGAGACCUCGAGACAGAAGGGGCGAGACGGAGAUUUCCGCGAAAACGCGAGAGCAACCAGAGAGACCAGACAACGACGUGAAGGCGCAACGCAUCGGAAGAGGCGCAGGAGAACACAUGAGAGAUCAGCUCAGGGCUCUCCGCAGUUUGUGGCGCCGACUUGUGUGGCAGUUCGUUCUCAAGCGGCAGCGCCUCACAGGCGGCGACUUGCAUUUCCUCGCGAGCGCCCUCGCGAAAUACAAACACUAUGACCCACUUCUUCUCUCUCUGCUCCUUCACCGGGCUUUGAAGACAAGCAACGACAUGGCCUUCCACGAUCUUGCUGGCCUCAUCGGCUGCUGUGCGCGCAUGGGCCUUCUAACUGAGCCUCGGACUCCAUCGGGCACCGCCUCGUCUGCUACCUCUCCUUCUCUCUCCUCUUCGCCUCCGUUGUCUCCACUUGCUCUCUGUCCGCUGUCGCUGGGAGUUGAGGGCUUCCUGGCGCGCCUUCUGGCUUCGGAGGACAACGACUUUCUUUCUAUUUCGGAGUUGGAGAAGCGAGAAGAAAUCAAGUCCGAGGCCCCGUCUGUGGCGCAGCUUGGAGGGACGAACGAAGUGUGCACUUUCGAGGAUCGCGUCUGGAGAGAACAAGCAGAUCAAGCACAUCGAGAAACUGCAGAGACAGAUCUGGAAAGGAAGGGAAGUCGACAUUUCCUUCGAGAGCGCGAGGGAGCAGAUCCUCUCGAAGUUGGCUGCGAUGAAGGGAGGAGAGAAAACGUCUUUCACACGCGAGAGACAGAACUCUCAGAGGAGAGAGAACUCUCAGAGGAGAGAGAACUCUUAGGGGAGAGAGUAAUAUCAGAAAGGCCGGCAACAUCUGGAGAGACAGAAAGAGCACGAGAUGCGUCACGUUCUGCACCUCUUUCCUUCUCAGUGGAAGGUGUUGGGGCAUCUGCGUAUCCAUCGUUGCCUUCGGGAAGAAGAGAAGACAACAAAUUAGAGAGAACGAGAGCACGAAAGCCUGCUUCUUUGACGGCUCCAGAACUCGCCAGAAGCAGAGCAACGCAUGAACCGCCCUCGUGGACGUCUUCCCUGCAGUCCCCCGCCCCUCGCCCGUUUGGCCCCUCUGUUUUUCUCGAAUCGUCUUCCUCCCCAGAAGGAUUGGAAAGCGAGCAGGAAAGCUACGAUCGGGUGUACGCACAGCUGCAGACGCUCGCGAGGAGACUCCUGAAACUCGCAGCCGAGCGCCUGCCCUUCGAGCUGAUGCAAGGCACCGCCGCGGGCCAGGACAUUGGAUUUCUCUGCGAAGGCCUGGCCGCCGCGCGUCUCCACAACGACGACGUCGCAGAAAUGAUUCUCAUGGUCGCCUUCCCGGACCUGCAGAGCCCCGAGGCGCUCGCUGCCUCGCCGUUCGGACGCUUCCUGGCUUGCCUGCGAGAGGACGAAAGUCGGCGGCUGGAGAGCCGAACAGAGAACGAAGUCGACACAUGCAACAACGAAGGCCUCAUGAGCGAGGGCAAGGAAGCAGACGCAGAAACGACGCGAGAGGAGGAGGCGGCAAACACAGAGAACGACACCGCGCGAAUCGUUCGCCAUUUCGCUACACCUGCUGGGGUGCGCGGGCGAAGGAGAAGAGGUGCCUUCCGGUCGCAGGGCGAAGCGCCCAGUGUUUCCUCUGUCUCUCCUGAAUCUUCCUUCAAGCCGCGCUCGAGUCCUCACUUUUCUGUCGAUGCUUCGCCUAACGCCUCUCUCGAUCCUUCUGUUGGCUCGUCUGUCAAUUCGUCGUCUUUGCUUCUUCCAAGAGUUCUAUUGUCGCCGGCGAAUCUCACUUCGGUGGUUUCGUGGGUAGGAACCAUGGGGAGCCGAGGCCGCUUGAGUUAUUCGAACGAAUUUGGAACGUUCACAGACAUCUCCGCAUGCGCUGAGUCGUCUGGGCCUUCUUCCACCUCUUGCUCUCUCUCUUCUUCUUCUCCUUCGUCUCCUGCUCCUUCGUCUUCUUCUCCUUUUCCUUCUCCUUCGUCGUCUUCUUCUUCUCCUUCGUCGUGUGUCGUUGGCGGCAGCGUGUACAGGCGAGUUGAUGUGUGGCAAGCGAUGAGCCGAUCUGUCUUAAAGAGUGUCUCUGUUCUUCCGCCCUUUGCAAUUGUCAAGGUUUGUGGGGCUUUCGAAGCUUCUCUCGUCAGAGACGCACGCUUGAUGGGAGCUCUGGCACCUCGUCUUCUCCCAGAAAUCGACAGCCUCUCGCUGGCUGCUCUCGCGUCUCUGCUCUCUUCGCUGUCCACGCUGGGCACUCCGCAUCCGCCGCUUCUCUCGGGUCUCUGUCGUGCUCUUUCGCGUCGUGUGUUUCUCGAAAUGCCUCCUCGUCCUCCCGGCGCAGAGGCGGGAGGCGCAGCCAGAGACGCCAGAAGAAAAGAACUGCAGCCGUUCCUCGACGUGCUGUGGCGCCUCAUCGGGGCUUUGCCGGACGCGCGCGAGGUGUACGUACAGGCGAUUCAGCAUGCACUUGCUGGGGAGCAGCUGGCGUCGCCGGCACCUGACGAUGAAGCUCCAAAACGAAAAAGAGAGAAAAUGCGAAAUGUCGGACGGAAAGCAGCUUCACAGAUUCUCUCAGUGUUUUAUCUUCUUCUCGGCCGCGCGACGAUCUUCGUCGACGCAUGCACUCCAGAGGAAAUUCUCCUUGUUCUCCGUGCCCAGCGCAUGCAGGGUUUCUACCACGCAUCGCUCAUGAGACGCAUCGGCCAUCUGUUGAUUAGUCUGUCUCAAGGACGAACUCUCGAAGGCGUGCGCCAAGAGAACAGGCCUCGAGUCUGGGAACGAGGAGUGCCGACUGUCUCCGCGCGUUCGUUCGAUGUUCAGACGGACCUCGGCUUUCUUCUCGCUCCUUCCACUGCACCUCCACAUCCCCUUUCUACCCUGUCUUCUCCGCGCCCCCCUGCUGUCUCCCAACCUCUCUCUGUCUCCUCUCUGUCACUUCCUGUCGCCGAUUCUUCUCCCUCGAGUUCGACCGCUUGUAUGAGCUGUGCGACCCUCCACGAGUCUUCCGUCGUUUCUUCUUCCCUGUCUUCUCCUUCACUUUCUUCUUCUCCUUCUCUUUCUUCUUCUCCUUCCCUUUCUUCUCUAGUGCCGUCGCUGUCUCUCGCGUCGGUGGCGUCGCAGCGGUCACCGUCACUUCGCUUGGAAGACGAGUCUCUCUUGCUCCUCCUUGCACAUCACUUCCUCGUUCCGUCUCCCCACGUUUUCUUUUCCUCUUUUCCGUCUUCGCUUUUCUCUCUCCUGCAAAACGAAGAGGCACUCUUGACCCGCGCGUUGGGGGAGGCAGAGCAACCGGAAGAAGAAGGCGUCGUCGAUGUCCGAGUCGCGGCGCAAGAAGAAAGACCCGAAGCACAGGAAGUUGACGCGCAGUGGAAUCAGGCCACAGAGUGCCAAGAAUCUGUCUUUCAGGCGCUUCUCCAACGAUACUUGGCGCCUCUGCCUGCCGUCGACCAACAGAGACUCGUCCUUUCUCUGUCUUCAACAAACACCGGGAGACUCAACUCUGCCUCAUACCCUUCUUCUUCAUGCCUUUCUCCUGUGUCUUCUUCUCCGUCUUCCGUUUGUCGUUCUGCUUCUUCUGCUCUCCCGAGUUCGUCUUCUCUCCCUGAUUCUUCUUCCCUCUCUCCCGGGUCCCUCGUCGUUUUUCUCCGGCACCUCCUCUUUCUCCCUCUUCCUCAUCUUCGCCUGCUUCUCCAGUCUGCCGCGUGUCUGCGCCCGCGUCUGUCCGUCGCCGACCGGCCGGCCGACUCUCGGCUCAUAUUGGACGAAGCCGGUACCGAACCGCGCACAAAAGACAGAGCGAGCACUGGCGAAGAGAAGGGAGACUCAGAGACGACGAACUGGAAAGACGAACAAGAUAGGAGAGAAGUAGAAGGAGCGAGAGAGAAGGGAGAAGGGCAACUCGAGCAAGGGAGGCGGAAACAAGAGGCACCGCAGCCGGGCAAGGAUCUCCGUGCAGAAUCGGCAGAAGGACGAGAAGAAGAGAAAGACUUCGGUGGGAACGAAGGAAAAAGAGCAGAUGCAAGAGAAGGAAGAGAAGAAGGAGAAAUACACGGACGAGAAAUGUGCAGACACCAGAGGGAAGAAGCGAAAGCUUUGGACUUGCCGGCGACGGAACGCAACGGUUCUCUUCAUUUCCGGGAGAAGGACGAAAUCAACACUCAACUCUUCUUCCAAAUUGCUCAGCUCCGGCUAUCCUUCGCUGCUUCAUCUUUGCUUCUUGCCUCUCAUUCUCCAAACAGCAAGCCCGAGAGUGAGACGGCAGCGAAAGAACAGGACGACUCCGAAAUCGAGAACACCCGAAAUAAUCUAGAGGGCACAGAAAGAAAAUGUGAAGAAGAAGGACGAUGGGAAGAAGAAGCACAUGCAGCAGAAGGAGAAGAAAGGCAAGUCGAAGAAGGAGAACGUAGAGACGGAGAGCAGGACGCACGCGUCAAGGCCAAAGAUCGGGAUGGGGAGACACUCGAAAGGAGAGGCGAGGCAUCGAGAAGGGCAUGCGACGCCCUCGUAGAGCGACCGCUCUUGCCGGAACUGACGCUCGUUGCCGGUCACGGCCCGAGACAGCAACUGGAAAGGAAUUGGGACGCAUGUCCAGGAGCGAAGGAAGAACAGGGGAGAAGGGCAGAUGGAGAAGAUGGAGAAGAUGGAGAACGAGGAGACGCGAGCGCGAGAACAAGAGCAGGCUUAGCUGCCGAAGCGUCGGAUUUCCUUCUUGCUCUUCUCGCCGUCUCUCAGUGCGGCUACCGUCCCGAUGCAAGUCUUCUGCAGGGCGCUGCGAACCUCCUCUUGAGGAAAUGGCGUCGAGAGGAAGAAGAACUUGCGAUCGAGUUCCGAGAAGAAACAAAUCGACACGCUGCAAAGGUGCGAGCGGUUCCGUCUGCUGCCAAGCGUCCGGUUCUCUCUCGGUCUCAAAAAACCACGUCGAGUCGAGACUCCAAUACAUUGUCGUCGGUUGCGUCCUCGUCAGAAUCUUCUUCUCCUUGUUCUCCUUCUUCAGAUCCAUCUUCUCCUUCUUCAGAUCCAUCUUCUCCUUCUCCUUUCUCGCCUUCUGCUUCUUCGUCAGCCUCACAGUCAUCCAAAGACCCUGUGGUCUGGGGAGAGAGGAGCCAGCGUUCGCGCGAAGGCGAGUGCGAGGGGAAUGACCUCCGUGGAGAGACUUCGGAGCCCUGCAACGGCGGAACCGGGAAAACGAGUCACGCGGUUUCUUCGCCUUCGCCAGAAGCGAAUUGGCAAGGCCCCUCUCGCCAGUUCAUCGGCUUUUUUGAGGGCGUCAAUUCUCCUUGUCCUGCAGACGAAAUCCUCUCUCCGCCGGAGUCUCGUUUCUCUUCUUCAUUUGCCUCCGUUGCCUCGUCCUCUACUUCCUCUACUUCGGCUUCUUCUUCAUUUGCUUCCUACGGACGUUGCGCUUCCUCCUUUUCUUCGGGGCUGCAUGCGUCGUCUCCUCGGCAUGUGGAGCGCCUCGAAGCUUUUGCUGCAGAAGCGUCCUUGGCGCUGAGAAUCCUCCGACUCGCUAGAGAGGCCCCGUUCUCCUCUCCAUUCUCAUCUCCGUUUUCUGCGCGUUUCUCCUCACCAAUGCAGUCGAUCUUCGUCUGUCUCUCCGCUGCUUUAGCGCCUUUUUCCUCUUCGUUGCCUCCCCAUUUGUUGCCAGAGGAGGCCUUGCAACACCUGCUCUGUGAAGCGUGUCUGCGUCGUCUCACGCUCGAACUUUCUUUCUUGCAACGUGAAAGAGAGCAACUGUUUCCUCCCUCGUCUUCCAUAUCAGCUUCCUCUGCACAUUCUUCUUCUCUUCCUCUGUGCCGUCCUUCCUCUCCAGUUUGCAUCACUUCCUCUGCUCAGACUGUCUCUUCUUCUCGCGUUUCUUCGCCCUCUUCAGGGCCUCUCGCUUCCCGCGGUGCCGACAAGCCGGAGACGCGAGACUGCAUGCAAGGCUCUGCACUGCUGGAUAAGCGCAGGACAGACGAAGAGGCUAUGCUUUUCUUUCUUCCUACUCAGGCGCUUCCUGACCUAGCUCAGGAAGUCGUCCUCUCUCUGCUCCCGCAUUUCUCCGGCAGCGAGGCAAAGACGCCGAAAAGCUCCAACGCGUCUCUUCCAACCCAAGGCGAAAUUCAUCCGUCUGACUUUGUCCUCUCCGGAUUCCGCCUCAUUCGUCUCUGUCUCAGAUUGUCCCUUCCACCAGCUCUGUCUUCAUGUGAAGCGGUCUGUUCCUCUCCUUCCUCUCCUCCUUCUUCGUCUCCUUGUCUCGCUCACAGACCCUUCGUUUCUCUUCCUCCUUCGCUCCUGAACUCACUUUUUCUUUCUGGGAUUUUCUUGUCGGCUUCUCCGUUCUUCCACUCGGAGUUUCCUUCUGCGCUUGUUGCCUGCAUGCACCAAGCGACGACUGAGGUGUCUAGACAGCUGGCGCAGAGGGAAGGCCCUGUAGCGAAGGCUUCUAAGCCCGAGAGACGAGGGAGAGACGCAACAGGGGGGCACACAGAGGGCGAGAGAAGAGAGACGAAGGAGACCAGCGAGAAGCGAAGUUCAGAUGGAGAAGACUCGGACGCGCGACCUAAAGAAGCAGAUGUGACAGGAACGACGGAAGCGGAUUUUGCGAACCGGAAGGGAACGGAGAGGGCUCUGGGAAAAGCGGCCCUCGAAGAGAAGUCAGGACCGCCUUUCCUGUGUGUUGCAGAUGGCGAGGCGGCUGAAUUCGAGAGCGAGGAUUCGCCCUAUAUUCGGAAACUCGCAGGAGAAGUCGAGGCGUGCUUAGCCGACCUCGUGUUCCGAGACAGAGACCGAAGCGACCAGGGAAACAAGAGACGCGCGCAGUCGAACAAGACGAGGAAGGGUGUGACAGAGCUGUCGCUGGACCUUUGGAAGGACGGAGACAGCGAGACUUGUGCCCGACGAGAGGCAGGCGAAAACCGCCCCGUGUGUGGGGUCGUUGAUUCCUUUCGCUGGCUGAAUCCGUCGCUGGUUUACAGCGUCUCCGAAGCUCCGACAGUCGCUGGUUCAGCGGAUGAGUCUCCUUCUUUGCCGCGUUUGCAAGGAAGCGAAGAGGCGGCGGAGGCCUCUCUUCGCAUCCGUUUUUCGCCUUCUUCUCUUCGACGCUUGCGUUCGGUUUUCCUGAGAAAAGGGGGAAAGUCUAAGAAUCUCUCAGAAGCUGAAGAGGCCACAGCGACUGCCAGGAGGCGCGAGCUGCCUGAGUUCUUGGCGGCCUCUCGGCGAGGUGGCUUCGGAUUCUUCAAUCUCUCAACGUUGAACGAAAGAGAAGAACAGGGAAAGCAGACAGAGAAUGGUCCGAAGGGAGAGACUCUAAGGAAGGAAGAGGAGAGGCAGAGGGAAGAUACGAAGGAGCAGAUAUGGAGAGAUUCACGGACAGAGGCAGAGGAGGUAAGCGAAGCCUCAGAAAGACGAGAAAUGGAGAAGGACGGAGAGAGAAGCAUCGCCAGAGGCACCGCCGUUGGAACAGGAGAGGAGAGAGAAGACCGCGCGCGUCGAUUUGAAGACGAAGAGUCGAGCAGACAGGAACGAAGCACGAAACGACCAGGGAGAAUAGACGAGGAAGUGGACGAGGUAGAGAGGCUAGAACGAGGAGACCCGGAUAUUUCCCGAGAGGAGUCAGACAAGGACCGAGACAGGCAGGCAGAGGCGCGCGAGGUCGAGAAAGGAGAAGACAUGGAGAUACCUGUGAAAGGGUACACGAGAACUGAGAAGCGAAGGAGGAAAAAUGAGAGCACGAAGGGCGCCGGAGAGAAGAAAGAGAGUGAAACGGACCGACAAACGUCACGGCAGCGCGUUGGCAAGAGACCAGUGGAAAGUGACACCCCAGAAAGGAGAAAAAACAAGGAAAUUCCCGCCUACUGGCUCCCUUCUGUCAAACCCGCAGAAGCGAACUGGGAUCCUUUCUUCGAAAAAUUCGAAAAAUAA